CAAACAUGGCCAGGUUAGUCGACCUUGGAAGUGCUGUAUCAGAUAUCAGGAGGCGGCAUCCUGCCUCAUUACCGUAUGAUCGAGAGAGUGCUAUAAGAGCACGCGCUGCCGCCACAGGGAUAUACACCUCGCAGAUCUCUUCUGGGACGAUCAAUAUCAGUAUCUUGCUUGUGUCAAUUAUACUUCUCACCACUUUCGACUUACAAAGUUUUCGAGGAUGCCGGUCAAAAAUCCCUACAAGCACUAUGUGCCCUCAGUUCCUGCCGCCAUAAUUGCGGCCUUGGUUUUCCUGAUAUUGACAGUCGGCCAUACCUACCUGCUCAUUCGGUCGAGGAAAUGGUUUGCCUCUGCAAUCAUCAUUGGUGGUCUUUUUGAAGUUAUCGGUUUCAUUGCUAGAGCAUACAACCAUUCUCAUCUCGACGAGAAGGGUCCAUUCAUCAUACAAACAGUACUCAUCCUGCUUGCACCAAUCCUUUUCGCCGCUUCGGUCUACAUGUUCCUGGGCCGCUUGAUCAAUGCCGCUGCGGGACAGAAAUACUCCAUCAUCCGCACCAGCUGGCUGACGAAGAUCUUUGUGAUUGGCGACGUAUUGUGCUUCUUGGUUCAGGCUGGGGGUGCUACAAUUCUGGUCAAUGCCGACACACAAAAGGAAAAUGAUAAUGGAUCCAACAUCAUCCUCGGUGGUCUGGCACUUCAAGUCCUCUUCUUUGCACUGUUCGUCAUGGCAGCUGUCGUGUGGCACGUGCGGGUCAGGUCGAAGCCGCUGUGGCAGUACAACGAGUCGUCAGGCCUCUAUCUCGGUCGAGUGCUGACGUCGUUGUAUGUCGUUGGCAUCCUCAUCACCCUACGAAACAUUUACCGGUUUGCCGAGUACAAAGGAGGCCAAGAUGGCUAUCUGCUCGCACACGAGUGGCCAGCCUACGUACUUGACGCGGCACUCAUGGCUAUUGUCAUGGUCGUCACACUCUAUUGGUACGGCGUCCCAUUGAGUCCCAAGGGUGGGGAAGAGGGUUACCAGCUGAAUGUCGAAAACUCGUACCAAUACCAGAACCCAUAUCCCAACGCAUACCCGUGAGUUUUGGAGAAGAGGAAGAAGAAACAUUGAGAGAUGUGGCCGCGCCUAUUUGUUGUACUUGGGCCAGUGAUAGCAUCGACGCAUGCUGAAAGAUCGACGAAGAU